AUGGAAGCAAUUCAACAAUCAAAUUCAAAACCAGAAAUCAAUGUCUGUACCAGUGGUAUUGGUUUAUCUUUAGUACAAAAAUUAUUAAAAGAUGGAAAGAAUCGUGUAGUUGGUACAUCCAGAGAUGCAAAAAAGUUUAUUGGUUUGGAAGGUGUAUAUGGCAAUAACAACUUUUUCGGAUUACAGGUUGAUCUCCCAAAUGAAGAGUCAGUCAAAGAUUCAAUUAAUAAAGCAGUUGAAAAAUUUGGGACAAUUACUCAUGUUGCAAAUUGUGCAGGUUAUGGUUUAGUAGGUUGUAUCGAAGAGAUUAGUGAUAAAGAAAGUAGAGAUAUGAUGGAUUGUAUCUAUUUUGGACCAUUAAAUGUUAUCAGACAUGUUCUUCCACUUAUGCGUAAAAAUAGAUUUGGCUAUAUUUUCAAUGUAGCAUCGAGUGCUGGUUUCAAAGGUUUCAGUUUGUUUGGUGGUUAUGCAGGUGCCAAAUUUGCUCUCGUAGGUGCCACAGAAGCUUUAGCUGGUGAUGUCAAACCAUUCGGUAUUAAUGUUGCCUGUAUUAUUCUCGGUUACUUUAAGAGUGGAUUCCAAACAAAUAUGUCAAAUGACUUUGGUUAUGCCAAAAAUCAAAUCGCAGAUUACGACUCUAGAAAUGCUUGGAUUAAAAUGACUGCACCUCUUUUUGCCAAUAGAAUUCCAGGAGACACUAAUAAGUUUGCUGAUUUACUCGUUGACCAUUAUUCACAUCAAAUCAAUCUUCCAUACAAUUUAUUCAUUGGUCCAGAAGAUACUUUCACAACUGCUGAAUACAAAGUUAAAGAACUAACCGAACAAAUUAAUUCACAAAAAGAAUUAAACACCAAAGUAUUAAUGGAUAUUUAG